CGUGUUCGGGAGGAGCGUUGAGGCCCGCGAGCAAGCCUGCGGGAUACCUGCGAGCAAGCCUGCGACGAAAUUUCCCCGCAUUUCCCUUCAAUUUUCCAGCUUUGCUGCAGUUUAUGCCGCAUUGAUCAAAUCCAUGCAAGAUGUCAACUAUGUCAAGUGCUUUCUGUGGUUGCGACGAAGGAGUGGAGUUGGUAGACGAUGAGGAACAUGUCGGAUUCGUGAGCGACAACAAUUCGAUCGUUCUAGGGACAGCAAGUACCCGCAGCACGCUCAAUUUGGUGCCUUCGACGGUGACGGGACAUCGACAGUCGAACGCGUCUUCAAGUUGGUUUCGCAAACAGGAAAAUGGUCAAGACGAGAACACAGAGGUCGCUGAAUCGAUGGCAACAGGUCCCAGACCACUAAAGUCAUGGUUUGGAAAGAGGGACGACCAAUCUGCCUCUCUCCGUUCCGCCUCCCUCGAAGAAGAAGAAGAGCCAAAUGAGGGAGAAGCUCUUGUUCCCCCAAACAGCAAUGAGCUUCAGGGCAACCAAGGUGAGAUCACAAGGAUCGUCUCGACUAUCGUCGUUGAAAACCAAAGUGCUGUAACACCCGUGCAAGCAGGAAAAGAAGUGGAUGAGGAAGAGUACGAAGAAGAAAUUCGUCGUAGGAACCAGACGCCGACGAUUCUUCGGCUCUUGGUGGAUCCCAUGAACAAGUGGGCGCAAUCUAGGACCUGUUUAUCCUUCAUUUUCGUAGCAAUUCUUGCUCUCAAUGUUUUGGCAAUCACAUUGGCAAUCACCGGGUUGGUGGACUCGACAAAGACGGCGAAAACAGACUAUGGUGUUGUUGCUGCGACUGAUUACAACAGCGCCACAAGCGUACCUGUUGCCUUCCAAGAGGAUUCCUCAACGUUAGAUGCUGCCGUCACCAGUCCUCAAGAGGAAGAAACUGUGGAAAAUAAUCAAGAGCAAGAGGAUGCGGAAACCACCAAUGAAGGCAACCGCAACCCUGAAAAUGGCACUUCGGUUGUCGAAGAACAACCCGUGGAGAUGUGCAGGGACGACGACAUUUUGACUCGAACAGAACAGAACUGCCACGAUAUGUACCUGAAUGAUUAUCGAAUUUGUAGGAGCUUUGAAGGCUGCGGCUGUCUUCCCACUGGAAACCUCAUUGGCGACAUGUUCCCAAAUGGUCCUCCCACCGAUUGUGACACUGGUAUGGAACCCAUUUGCAAUGCAUUUCGGGAAAAAUGGAACUGUUGCAAUGAAGAUUGCAGAAGUUUAACCUUGGGCUAUGUGGAAUGCCUUGGCAAUGCUGCUCUUGCUUGUGCACAAACUGGAUUUCAAUGUUCCUUGCAGUGCACGAGCAGUGCGUUCUCUCCUACAUCAGCAUCUGUGGUGGCGUCCACUGUGGUUGCAUUCUUGAUAUCUUUCUUGUUGUAAGAAAAUGUCUUGCCUCAAAUCGAACCUAUGAUCUGCCCCAGAUCUGCAUUCUAACCCAACAUCCCGCGGAGGCUGUAUUUAUUAAAAAGCCCACCGAAGCCAAGUUCAUUCUUUUACAUACAUACUAGUAUGAUGUUGUCCACUAAGUUAGAACAUUCAUCUAUAAACUGAACUGCAUUAUUUGUUUUG